AUGUCUCGGACCAAACAACGUGAGUAAAUGUAGUUUUUUUUACUUCGCUCAGCAGUUUGAUAGCCUAUGGACUAAGAAGUCAGUGUUUAAAAUUAAAGACAUUUUCUGUAUGUAUGAUAAAAAAUACGUCUAUAUAAGAAAGUCGUUUAACUACUGGAAUUAAUAUGAAAUGUUUGCACGUGCCCGACUGUGCCGUAUCCUCGUGCGUGUGCAUGUGCGUCUCUUCAGUGCGUCAGGAGCUUCCGAACCCUGAUCCAGAGGACUCAUCAGAGGAGCUGACAGCGAUGGUGUGUCUGGAGUCGGACCUGCAAGAUGGACAGUAAGAACAGGAUGGGGUGUUAUUACAAACCUGGCAACCUAACUAACCUGUUUCCAUUUUAAACCUGGCAACCUAACUAACCUGUUUCCAUUUCAAACCUGGCAACCUAACUAACCUGUUUCCAUUUCAAACCUGGCAACCUAACUAACCUGUUUCCAUUUCAAACCUAUUUCUUACAUAUAAAGAUUUAUGAAAAAACAAGUUAGUGAUGGGCACGACAGUUCUUUUAGAUGUACUAAAUCAUUAGAAUCAGUUCACUAAAAAGAUUUGUUCAAAAGAUUUGUUCACCAAAUCACUAAAUCGUUUAGCAGGAUAAGCCUGCGACUCCGACCUCCUGAACUGAUACACAGCUGAACAGUUCAGGAUUCAGUUCACUUCAUAGCUUUUGUGACCGGGAGAUGAGAGUGUUGUGACUGUGUUGCUUUGGCAAACAGGUUUGUAAAAAAGAACUUGUUUAUAAGUCAUAAUGUUUCAAGUGUACUGUCCUAUGGUAUGCUAUUUAUCAGGUCUGCUUGGUAAAUUGGGCUCAGUGAGUGAUUCAUUCACUGAACGUUUAGAAGAAUUCACACUGAACAUACACUGUUCCCUUGCAAACCCCUGCAAUGAUAGGAUGCUGCGGGUUUAAUGUACUACUUUUUACAUGCUGUGUCCUAUUAUAUGCAUGUUGUUGUGGUGGCAAUUUAGCAGUAAAAAAAAAGGUAGUUUUGUCCCACAAAAAUGAUUCCAGAGAGUGAAGUUCAAUGCGGGAUUCGUUCACCAAGUGAUUCAGGCGUCAGUGCAUGUGGUCCCUCGUUUGCCGGCUGCUGGCCUGGCAGUGCUGUUUCUUACUUCAGCUUGACUGAAGUGAGAAACGAACGAGUCACUCGAGGAAGUGAUUCGGUUCAGUAUGUUCACUUAAAAGAUUCGGUUCUCUUGAACGAAUCGUUCGCGAACGACACAACACUACAACAAGUGGUAAUAACCAAACAUAUAUUAAUCAAAGGAUCUUGGUGACCCUGCUGCAAAGACGGUGAUAAUGAGGUCCACAAUUUUAGAAAAGAGAGUUGGUAACACUUGCAUUUUAAGUAAAAACAAAGUUCAUAAUGUGUGACUAUUCUCCCUCAUGUGGCAGAGAGGGUUAUCACCAAAACACCACCAAGGCAUGUUUAUGAUGCAUGGUGUGUUAUUUUUUAUAUGACCAUGUAAAUAUUGAUUAUUCUUUAAGAUUCUUCUGAAUAUGGCUUUUUUUUGUUCCAAUGCCAUAGCCCCCAUUCUGUUUCCAUGAGGAUGCUUUACUUUCAAUUUAACUUUAAAUCUGUGCGUAGUUUAAUAUAUUGUUAUGCCGUAUUGAGAAAGACUUAUCCAUCAUCUGAGACCAUAAAACUUUUAAGAGAAUUAAUCAUAAAGAAAAAUUGACUAAGUUGCAGGGUUGUUGUCCCACUUUUUUAAUCAAUCUUUAAUUUUCAGUCAGUGGAGUCUCUCCUUGGAAGUCAUAAACACCCGACUAUUUAUCACUCUGUUGAGAUUAGCUGUGUUACUGGUGACCCAUUUAUCACCCAGGAGACAGAAUAUCACCAUCAGACCAGACUGAACUUUGUCACUACUUGCUUUUUUUUUUUUUUAAAUCAGACCUUAAACCAGCGACUUUUACAUAUUCCUCUCCUGUUUUUACAUGUGUCUGCAAAUGUUAUUGUAAAUUAAGAUUUCCCUCAAUAGUCUCUAGAAUAUAAGUAAAAGUUUAUUGGUUGAUUGAUACGGUAAAAGAUUUAUUACAUAUAUCAUUGGCUACCCUUUAAUGACUUGGAGGAGACAGUCUGUGGCUUUGCGUAAAAUGAAUAAGCCUACAAGUUUACACAGCAAGAUCUUUAAAGUUCAAUUCCUAGUUUUGGAUUUAUGUAAAACUCCUUUUACUCCUUUUUUCUCCUAGUCCAACACAUUUGGGGUGUAGAGUUUACCGCUGUAUCCUUGUGCAUGUGUGUGUGUGUGUUAUCUCAGGAUGAUGGAGGUUGAGGUGGGACACCACAGCGUCCUGUUGACACGCAGCGAGGGUAGAUACAGUGCCAUCGGUAAUCAGUGUACACACUAUGGCGCUCCACUCAGUAAAGGUAAAGACACACGAGUUAUCAUUUCAAAGUUUGUAUAUCAUAUCAUUGUUUCAAGUGCUUUGAUAAUCAGUCAACUUUUGCUGGCUUAUUGUCACUCAGGCAAAGGGACAGGAUAUUUUAAAGUGCAUUUUAAAAUCAAUAUAAGCUAAUAGAAUAUGUAAAUGCUGCUUUUACAGUAUGAUUUUAGGUUUAAAUAGUAUCUGAAUCAUUGAAGCUUUUAAUUAUAUCAGCUUUUAUUAGAUUUUGUUACGGGUUUUGUGUGUGUGUGUAUGCAUUUAGGGUGUAUUGUAGGCCACACAGUGCGCUGCCCGUGGCAUGGGGCUUGUUUUAACGUCCAUACAGGUGAUCUGGAGGAGUACCCCGGCAUGGACUGUUUACCCUGCCAUAAGGUAUAAAUCAGAAGAACCGACAAACACACAUAUUAAUGCUCAGCUGUUUACACCAUUUGAUACAGUUUGAAUCAUUUUCUCUCUCUUUUUUCCAGGUUAAAAUUCAGAACAACAAAGUUUAUGUAUCUAUAAACAAAAAGGUGAGUGUCUACUUUUUUAGCUGAUAUUGCUUUGCUGCCUGUCCUGCAUUGUUACUGAUACAAACUGUAUACAUUCCUUCAAAAUCAUUGAAAGAAGCGACAUGGGUGAAAUUGGAUGCAUAUUUUGUGUUUUCUACUUAUCACAAAACUGCCCCCCCUAUCAGCUCAGUUCUCUAACAUUGAUGGGGGUUUACUGUACAAAUAGUCGUCUAUUGAAUCACAUUUUUCAGCAGCCUGUCAUAUAAUCUGUAAAUCAAAAGAAUACAAAUGUUGAGGUAUAUUAAGUUGUUUUUUCAUACUUUUAUUUCUUAUACUUUUAACCAUCUUUAAGUAGGAAUAAAAGCUCAUUCCUCUUAUUGACUGGUUUAUGUGAUCGUGUGUUUCUCCUUUGUUUCAGACUCUCGGCCAUGAGAAGAGACUUAAGAAUAUGGGAGGUGCUAUGGAAGGAGUUACCCACACUAUUCUGCUGCUUGGAGGAGGUAAUUAAGGGCCACUUUUUGUGUGGGAUGAUUCCUCUAAAGCACUGACAAAUAUAUACUUUGGUAACCAUCCUAAUCAGUCAUUUUAAUGCAAUAACGCCUCCUACUCACAUUUUCCUGUAAGUUUAGGAACAUCUUGUUGUUAAAUGUUUUUGAAUGUCAUAUCAUUUCUCUAUGUGCUCAUGAGUAUUGAUUCAGCUGAAUGACUGUACUCCCUUUAUGUCAUGUUUACCACUAUAUAAACUUUUUAUGCAACCUGCGAACUGGACUAUAGAUAAAAAUUCUUUAUGCUAAGUUAAAAAGGCAACAGUUCAAGUUGGUGGUAAACAUUGUGGAUGAACUUGAAAUAACAGAGUGGACUGAAUGUCAAGAGUUUGUGUUUCCUGUGUGUUUGUGAUUGUAUGUUAUCUCCCUGUAAGUGCAGGAGCCGCGUCACUGAUCUGCGCUGAGGUUCUGCGACAGGAGAAUUUUGGUGGCAGAAUUAUCGUGGCCACCAGGGAUGAACUGUUACCCUACGACAAAACCCGUCUCAGCAAGGUGAACUAAAAACUAUCAUCAUUAAUGCGUGUGUGUGUGUGUGUGUGUGUGUGUAUAUUUUUGAUCUCUUUCCACUUGAUCUCACAAUCUCACAAACCCUGCAGGUGAUGAAUGUGGAGAGCGACAGUAUUCUCCUGAGGAGGAUGGAGUUUUUCCACAAGUACGACAUCGAGGUGUGGCUCAGGAAAGAAGUGAGUUUUUUCGGAAGAUAGAAGUGGAUCUUUAGAUUGGACUUAAUUAUGCGUUGUUUGGUCUACAUAGUGAAUUAUUCACUUCACCAUCUCUGGUCGUAUUGUAGGCCCUGUCAGUGGACACAGAUAAGAAGACAGUUACAUUUCAGGAUGGUUCAGUCCAGAGCUAUGACCAACUUCUCAUCUCUACAGGAUGCAGGUAUAAUAAUCUAAGAUUUAUUUGUUGUUGGUAUGUAUGAAACUAAUUUUACUCUCCACAACCUUUAAGAUCCUUUGUUAUUCUUUCUAAACCAAAGUAAAAUAAUACACAAAUAAAUACACUACCGCUACCGGAAGACCAGACGUGCUGCUGCUGCAUUCUGGAUCACCUGCAGAGGUUUAACUGUACAUGCAGGGCUUCACCUUUAGGGUUUACUGACUGAGAAGUCAAAAAAAUUCAGAGCUCCCCCUGCUGACUGGCUGCAGUUUUUUCUCUUUAAACCUGUGGUCUUCAUGUUCUCUGCUGGAAAAUGUCAAAUUAAAAAAAUAAAAUCAAAGUUAAUGUCAUAUUUUUCUCAAACACAGUGUCUGUCAUUAUAGUUCUUAUCAUGGUGAUUCAUGUCUUUGUAUUUAGUAUUGUAUUUUAGUUUCAGAUAGUUAUUUGAUUUUAUAAAGAUGAUUGGUUGACAUUUUUGUUGAUAAAUGUAGGCUCCAGCACUCCUCUGUGCUGUCCUAGAACAGAAGGAUGCACGUCUUUUGGCUUCAUAGCUCACAGUGGGCAAAAAUGAAUCUGUGUCGUCCAUUCUAUACAGUCAAUGGGCGUUUCAAAUCACUAAAAAAUAAUUAGACAAUACUGAAUAAACGGACAUGUGCAACAAACAAAAGAAAGCUUGUAGCCAAAGUGAGCAGAGCCUUUCUCCUGAGUGCAGCAAAAACCAAGAGAAAAUAUGGUAACUGCAGCUUUACUUUGAAAACAUGGAAGUGGUCAUCGUUGUCCUUUCUGUUAGAGCAAAGGGUCUGGACCUGCCCGGGAUGAAACUAGGCAAUGUCAAGAUGUUGGAGACACCAGAAGAUGCUCGGCAAAUCCACGCGGCCUGUCUCGGCUGUAAUGUUGUCCUCGUGGGAACUUCUUUUGUUGGUACCGUUUGAAACCUUUUUUUUUAUUUUAGUUCCCUGUGCUGCCAAAAUAUAAGUAGACCAGAAUACAAAAGUUAGGGAAUAGUUUUUUUCUUCACCUUCACCCAUAUGUUCGUCUUCUCAGGCAUGGAAAUUGCAUCAUACUUGAUAGACAAAGCCUCCAGUAUCACAGUGAUCGGCAGCAGUGAGAUGCCAUACCAGAACACACUGGGCCGGGAAAUUGGAAAAGUCACUAUGAUGGUAAGAAAAAGAGAAAAACAGAGACCUAUAUUGUGUCCUCACAUUGCUUGUUUUAAAAGUUCAGUGUUUUGUAGUUUAAUUUCUGCCGUUCCUGCAGAUGCUGUCGGAGAAAAAUGUGAAAUUCUACAUGAAUGAUAAUGUAACAGAUGUCAGAGGUGCUGAAGGCAAGGUAUGCUGGACAAUUACACAUUAUUCUUUUUUUUUUUAAAUAGGUCCAAGUUCAGACAAGGGGAGUGUCAAGUAGAUUUUUCUUUCAUAAAGGUUCAUAAGAGUUAGACGUUGUCUUCUUAUUUAGAGUUGAUGAUAUUGUUCACCUAUUGUGACAAAAGAAAAAGGGUGAGAGUGAACGUUUUUUUAUCCAGCCCUUCUGAUAACUUCAAGUCUUUGUCGCCCUUUUUUUCCUCAAGGUAAAGGAAGUUGUACUAAAAAGUGGAACAGUCAUUCCAGCCGAUGUUUUGAUAGUUGGCAUUGGUAAGUGCACUGCAGAUGUGUUCUGUGAAUUCAUAUUUGUUAAAACUUCAUGUGAAAAAUGACUUCUCUGCUUUUUACUUCUGUGUGUUUUGAUCAAAUUGGCAUUCUCUAUAAAACCUGUGAUCUAAAGACCUUUGACGAAUACCAUGCAUAGUUUUGUUUAAUAUCAAUUCAGCUUCUUGAUUCAAUCACCAUUCAUAAUGAAGAUUAUAAGUAUUCUGUUUCAUGGCUUUAUACGGUACUUCUCCUGAGAUCCACAUAGAACGUCUGACCAGUUGUAAAUUACAAGGUUUUUGUGGUGAUUUUAAGCGUAAUUUCUCGAAGGUAACUUGUUCUUUUAUUGACAGAGUAUGUCGGUUUAACUGAGCCCAUUGAUCAGAACAGAGGGAAACAGCUAACCUGUUCACAGGCGAUGAAAUAAGUAAUAUCUUCUGACAGGGAGUCGUAUACAGUAAAUGUCCGCUACACUUUCACCAGUGCAGAUUAAAAGGCUGUAAUUUUUUUGAGUUAAUUUUGGAAAUGAUGGAUUUUGUUGUUUUUGGAUUAAAAAUAGAUAACUGCUUCCUCUUGGGACUUUUUCUGUGCAGGGCUGAGUGUAUUGCAUGCUGAGGCCUCACACAGUUGUAACACCUUUUCUCUCUUUUCAUCCCUCCAGGUAUCAAACCAAACUCUGAGUAUCUGAGGGGCAACAAAAUACAAAUGGACUCUAAAAACUUUGUGAUCGUUGACAAGGUCAGUUCACGCUCCCUCACUCACUGUUUAUGCAGAACUUAUCCUGUCCUGUCUGUUAACAGCACAUUACAACUUCUAUCAUCUUAACUCUGAGGGCCCCACAGACUCAACAGCAGAAACAAAAAAUGAUGACAGUUCUAUAAAAGGUAAAACUACUCUGAACCAUAAACAGCUUCUCCAAAUCUUCCUCUUGCAGUACAUGCGCACCAAUAUCCCUGAUGUGUUUUGUGCGGGGGACCUGGCCACCUUCCCCCUGAAGAUGGCCAAAAACCGUAUGGUCAACAUCGGACACUGGCAGAUGGCACAGGCACAUGGUAAUGCAGUCUGAAUAUAAAGACACAUUUUAUCCAAGACUGUAUGUGUCAUAACAUGCAGACUACAAGUAACCUGUUUUUUUUUAUAUGGGAUCUGUUGAUAUCUGUGUACACUAAAUAUGAUGCUCUUCUAUUUCUAGUUAAAUUUUCUAUCAAUAUUUUUGUCUUUUAGGGAGAAUAGCAGCUCUGAAUAUGAUGGCUAAACAGACUGAACUCAGCUCAGUCCCUUUCUACUGGACCGUCCUACUUGGUAAAACCAUCCGAUAUGCAGGUGGGCGCCCAUAUGUACACAUGACGGAUAUUAAAUGAAGAAAUAUUGUGCAUAUUGGUUUAUGUAUCCAUUUGAUCCAUAUUUUUGCAUUUACUUUUUUGCAUUUUUUUAAACCUGAAUCCAGCCAUAAGAAAAUUAACCACCUUUAACCAUGUUUUAUUCUGUUUGUGCAGGCUAUGGGGAGGGAUACACUGAGAUUGUAAUGAAAGGGAAGUUUGAGGACAGGAAGUUUCUGGCAUUGUACAUAAAGUGAGUUGGUAAAACAGCUGCUCUUUUAAAUUAAUUUAAUUGAUUUUUCAGUCAAAUAUGUAUGUUUUUUAACCUACCUGUCCUUGCAGAGAUGAUGAGGUUGUGGCAGCGGCGAGUCUGAAUUAUGACCCGGCUGUGUCUGCAGUAGCUGAAAGGCUAGUAGCAGGAAAAAUCAUCACGAAGAAAGAGGCUGAGUAUGUAAAAUCUUUCAGUUUUUAUGUACAUUUCUUUUAUGUUUAUUAUGUUAUGUGCACGGUGAACAAAAGGGGACCAAAGAUAGACCCCUGGGGGACCCCAUAAGAGAGAGGUACAUGAGAGGAGGAGGCAUUUUCAAGCACUACAGAAAAAAAAACUGUUUGGCAGAUAGGAAUGAAUCCAGCGCCACAUAACUAUUUCCAACAGAGUAUUUCUGAUUAAGAACUGCACCUCCUAAAUCUCCGACCCAAAAAUGGGGAUCGCUUUUCAGCCUCAAGUUGUAAAAGACAUAUCCCUCAACUCAUUGAUCUUGCAUUUCAAAAGUUAUCGCCCUCUUGACCCUGAAUUUAUUAAUGCAUUUUUCGCACUCUAUGAUCCCAGAUUUACAAAGAUAUCCCCCCAUACUCUUUAACCAUAUCAUAAAAAAAAAAAUUACCCCAAAUUUGAGAAGAUGACCCCUAACCCUGUGACUCGACACACUCUGUGACACCAAAUUUCAAAAGUUUUCUCCCUAACUGUGUGACCCCAAAUUUGAAGGUAUAGUGUGAAGUAUUUUUCAGCAUUGAGCAGAACGGACUACAAAGCUAGAGGAAUAUUAUACCAUGUAGCAAAAUGAGGCAAACUAAGUGCAUCUAAUGACAUAAACUAUCUUUUCUUUGCCUGUGACAGAUCAGAUGACCUGAGCUGGCUGCAGUUGUCCUGA